UUUGUUCCAUUACCCGUGAUCACUCACUCACAAUUGUGUUUCCGGUUCUCGAUUAGGUUUGCUUACGCAGGCUAAUUUAGUAGGUACACUUUGUAGUGUCUGUGAUAUGAACAUGCUGUCUAGGAAGGCUAGUCAUGACUCUCAUGGCCAAGACUCUUCUUACUUUCUAGGGUGGCAAGAGUACGAGAAGAAUCCUUACCACCCCAUUCAAAAUCCAACCGGAAUCAUUCAGAUGGGACUUGCAGAGAAUCAGCUUUCAUUUGACCUUCUUAAAUCAUGGCUUCGAAGAAAUUCUGACAUAGUAGGGAUGAAGAAAGAUGGAAUAUCCGUCUUUAGAGAGCUUGCUCUAUUUCAAGAUUACCAUGGGUUACCUGCUUUAAAAAAUGAACUGGUGGACUUUAUGGCAAAAAUAAGAGAAAAUGGCAUCAAAUUUGCUUCGGAGAAGCUCGUUCUCACUGCCGGCGCAACUCCCGCGAAUGAGAUUCUGAUGUUUUGCCUUGCUGAUCCUGGGGAAGCUUUCAUUCUUCCCACACCCUAUUACCCUGGGUUUGAUAGAGAUCUGAAAUGGAGAACCGGGGUUGAGAUUGUUCCAAUGCAUUGCUCCAGCUCAAAUGGCUUUAGAAUCACUUCCUCUGCUUUAGAACAAGCCUACCAACAAGCACAAAAACUGAAUCUCAAAAUCAAAGGGGUUUUAGUAACCAACCCCUCAAACCCACUGGGCAUAACCAUGACCAAAACUGAGCUCAACCACCUAGUAGAUUUCGCAAUUGACAAAAACAUUCACAUAAUAAGCGACGAAAUCUACUCGGGUACUGUCUUCGACUCACCCAAAUUCGUAAGCAUCACAGAAGUUGUGAACGAGAGAAUUACUACUGUCAACAACAAUAGCAUUACCAGCAUUUGGAACCGCAUUCACAUUGUUUAUGGUUUCUCCAAAGACCUUGGCAUACCAGGAUUUCGUGUGGGAAUGAUUUUCUCCAACAACGAAACUGUUGUGGCUGCUGCCACCAAAAUGUCAAGCUUCGGAUUGGUGUCUUCACAAACUCAGUAUUUGGUGGCAAACUUGCUUAAGGACAAGAAAUUCACUUGCAAGCACAUGGAAGAGACUCAGAAGAGACUGAAGAGGCGAAAGGAGAUGCUUGUGUCUGGCCUCAGAAACGCGGGGAUUAGGUGUUUGAAAAGCAAUGCUGGGUUGUUCUGUUGGGUUGACAUGAGACACUUAUUGGGCUCUGCCACUACUUUUGAGGCAGAGAAGGAGCUUUGGAUGAACAUUCUUUGCAAAGUUGGGUUGAACAUAUCUCCUGGCUCUUCUUGCCACUGCUGUGAACCAGGUUGGUUCAGGGUAUGCUUUGCCAACAUGUCUGAAGACACGUUAGAAGUUGCAAUGCGGCGCAUAAAGGCUUUUGCGGACUCAAUUACCAUCUCUACUAGUGUCGUAAGAGGAUCCAUUGCUAAGUGGGAAAAUUAAUUAAUGUGGUUGAAGUUGAUGAGUCUGUUUUCUCUCCAAUUUAAUAAUAGAGAGAGACGUAGAGUGAAUGAAUAUAUUAUACGAAUUAUAAGGGUGAUGAUUUCCUAGAAUAUAUAUUGCCGUAAGAAAUCCUCCUAAUGAUCAAAGUUAAAAUCACUCUUUCAUGUUAUGAUUUCUUAAAUAUGUACAUGAUUUGUUAAAUAUAUAUCUACUAAUUAAUUAUAUGAAAUU